AUGUCUGACCAAAACGCUCACCCAAAUAAAUACAGUGAAUUGCGAAGUAUGUAUAAAUACUACAUCGAUUCAUAUAAUGCAUUGUAUCAGCUGAAAACUGAAAAUGAAGAAGAAAUACACAAGAUUUACAAAAUGCUCAAAACGGAGUUGAUUGAUUCAAAGAAAUGCAUUCCUCAUACUAUUAUAAGUGACAUUUUACGUAUCAUUCCGUAUAAUAAUUGCUAUACAAAGGCUUAUUUUUCUCUCGCCAAACUCAUAUAUGAUAAUUAUCAAAUAAACAAGGAAGUCAAAGUUCCAUUAAGUGUUGGAUACCUAUUUUAUAAAGAAUAUGGAAUUAAAUUAAACAAAUCUGAUAAUUUCAAAACAAUUAACCCAGAAAAUCUCAAUUUUCGGACAGAAAAUACAAUUUACAGAGCAAUUAUGUACAAUGACUUCGAAAGAUUCAUCAUAUUCACGGAAAGAGAUGAAUUUGAUAAAGAUCAAAAACUUAAUUGUAGUUUAUAUUCAGAUUCUGAUGAAUUAUCAUUACUUGAAUUAUGCUGUUACCAUGGAGCUGUUGAUUGA